CUGCUGUUCCGCUGCAAUGCCUAUCAUUUAAACGGGUUUUCGGCUCUAAGACAACAGUGGAUUGUUCCAGUUCAGCUAUUCUGGAUCCUGCGAAUCAUCCACACCUUUGGAGCUGAAGUGGGUCUACUUUGGGUAUCCAUACCACAAAUUUCCCAUGGAUGGCAUUGCCAUGUCCGUCGGACCAUCUCCUAUUCCUCCUCCUCCUCCUCCCCCUCCUCUUCCUCCUCCACCUCCUCUUCCUCCUCCACCUCCUGUAGCAGGAAGUGCACUAAUCUCUCGCAGUGUUCACCGCCGCUCCAAGAUGCGCAACUUCAACUGGGACACCAUUCCAAGGCAUAGCGUGGUCGGGAAGCGGAAUGUCUGGACAUCAAACAAGAAGCUGGAGGAUCUUCCAUUGGACACCGAAUGCAUAGAGGAGCUCUUCAGCCACACCGAAUGCAUGCAGAUGGCACCCAGGCAUGGCACAGUCAAGAAGAAUGUGUGGGGCCUGCAGUCUACCACUCCUUUGUCAGAGGUUGUCUCAAUCCUUAACUCAAAGAAAAGUAUGAAUCUUGGGAUUCUCCUGAAGCAGUUUAAACGACCAAUUCGGGACAUUGUUGAGGACAUCAUGAAGGGAAACAUGCGAUUUGCUGCAGGCAGACUGAGAGCACUGAACAAGCUGCUGCCUGAUGAUGAGGAGGUGAAGAAGCUGCUAUCAUUCAAUGGUGAUGAAUCUCAGCUUGCGGAGGCAGACCGCUUCUUCCUUAUGUUGGUUAAAGUUCCCGGAUAUGAAGAAAGAUUAAAAAGCCUGCUUCUCAGAGAGGAGUUAUUGCCCUUUAUAGAGGAAAUGAAAAAAUCUAUUUCCAUCAUGACUGCAGCAGCUAAUGAGCUGCUGGAGUGUGAUGAUCUACAUUCUAUAAUCAGACUGGUGCUUAAAGCUGGAAACUACAUGAAUGCUGGUGGCUACGCUGGUCGAGCAAUAGGUUUCAGAAUGACUUCUCUCCUGAGGCUUGUGGACACCAAAGCUAACAAACCUGGCAUGAAUCUUAUGCACUACGUGGCUAUGCAAGCUCAGCAGAUUGAUGGUGCUUUAUUAAGGUUUACAGAACAGCUUCAACACAUCGGUGAAGCAUCAAGAAUUCAGAAACAAGAAGUAGAAAAAGACAUUAAUAGAGAAUUGGCAAAAACUAAAGAAGCAAAAGCCUAUGCCAGCAAACAGCCUGAUCUGCAACAUCAAAUGGAUGAGUUUCUUCAAAUGGCGAUAUGUCAGCUUGCAGACAUGGAAGCCUCUUUAAGGGAGCUGGAUUCAAUCAGUCACUCAGUGGCUGAGUUUUUCUGUGAAGACCCUGCUUCCUUUAAGCUGGAGGAAUGCUGCUCAAUUUUCCACUCUUUCUGUAAGAAGUUUGACAGAGCUGUAUUGGAAAAUGCAGAACGAGAGGCAGUGGAGAGGCACCGAAGGCAGCAGAGGGAGAAAGAGACACUUAGCCGACUACCCAAGCGUCGUACAAUCGCCGCCUGCUCUAGGCAAAGCUCAGAACAUGAGGCCCUGGAGUCCAUUCUUACCAGUUUCCUCAGCACUCGUCCUACCCGCAGAAGACAGCCCUCAUCCAACAGAGAAACAGAAACGCUGGAGAAAAACAAUCUACCUACUAAAAACAACCUACUGGCAGAAAAGUCUCCCAUAGCUUUAGAUAACUCUGUUAAUAUGGACAAAAAGGAUAUCAAUAUUUCACUUCAAGAGCGGACUCUGAGCGUCCAGAAAACCCUGGAAACUCCUGCCAAGACAGAACAAAAUGUAAUUUUGCUCAAUGAGGAGCAGGCCAAGAGCUGUCCGAUGGCCCAGGAGAGUCCUGAAAAGGUACCGAUUGAUGCCUGUCAUGAAGAAAAGCAAGAAGAGGAAUGCUUAAACACGGAAAAAAUCUGUUGCGAUGGGAAUGUACAGUGUACACCAUCAGCCCCAAAAAGAGCACCAUGCAUAGAAGACAAAUCAACUCCAAAAAGCUGCAAAGCAACCCGGCGCAGGAGCAUACUUGUCAAACAACAUGGUGGAGUGAAUGAUGAGCAAGGGAGGAAGGAAGAGACUGAUCAAGCGAAGGAGGAUUCCCAGAAGGAGCCAUGCCGGGUUAGGUGCUCCGUUUCAGAUGCUGCACAGCGGUUAAAUCUUCAGAAUGUCUCCUCACCUCAUCACAGAGGAAAACAAGAGGUGGAUUUGGCCCAUAAGAAUGGCUUUGGAUCGCCUUGGACUGUUCUCAGUCCAAAUGUCUCACCCUCAUGCAUGCGGCGCCGCAGACAUUCCUUUGGUUCAAUUAAAGAUGAAGACUCAGAGGAUGGAGUGUGGGCACUGCCUGACACACCCUCCAAGGGCCCUUUACUGGCACACAUGUGCAGGUCAUAUGAGCACAGCUUGUCUACCUCUGUGAUUAGCCAUGUGGGCAUUAGAGAUUCUCCAUUAAAAGGCACAUCAACACCAGGAACUCUUUUAAGGUCUGCAUCAGUGGGUGAAAACCCUGAAUCCAUAUCUAGCUUUCGUUUCAGUGCUUUCUUUCCAAGACGCCAUGUACGAGAAACCAAAAGACACGAACCGUCAACACUGAUGUCCUUCUUUCAGCGAUUUGGGGAGAAAGGAAGGCCUGCUUCUAUAGGAGACUCAUACAGAGUGGAUUCUUGAAUUUUUUUUGCUGUUCCAUCCCACCCACCCCCCACACACACACCCACACACCCA